GGGCAUGGUUAGUUUUGUGAGGUGAAUUGGUCCAGAUUAUUUGGAAAAGCAGUUGACUACAAGCUCUCCCUUCCAAUUUAUUUUGACCUCUGCCAUAAAAAAAGAGUUUAUUUUGACCUCCUGGGAUUAAAGAAUUGUUUGUUUUGACCCUAGAAGCUCUAUAUAAACUCUCACCUUCAGAAUUAUAUUCCCCUCAAUGCAAACACAAUCACUAUCUCUUCCUUCAUCAAAUCCUUUUUUGGAAUUAAUCAAUAUGAAGUUCAUACUCUUCCUUGCUUUAUCCCUCUUCCUCCAAGGAGCUCUUGGUGAGUUGAUAUGCGAGGAAUUACCAGUGGAAAUGUGUGCGCUUUCCAUUGCGUCGGAUGGAAAGAGGUGUGUGCUGGAGAGUCGGCCGUCUGAUGAAGGAAAUUUUGAAGUUGAGUGCCAGACUUCAGAAGCGUUUGCAAGUAAUAAAAUGUUGCAGGAAUAUAUAGAGAGAGAUGAAUGUGUUGGUGCAUGUGGAGUUGAUAGGCAAUCUCUUGGCCUCUCUUCAGACUCCCUUCUUGAUUCUAAAUUCAUUGCCAAACUCUGUUCACAUGACUGUUACAACAAUUGCCCCAACAUUGUUGAUCUUUAUUCCAAUGUCGCUUCUGCUGAAGGAUUAUCUUUGCCGGAAAUGUGCUCGUCUCAGAAAAGUCGUCCACGCCGUGGAAUGUCUCAGUCGGCGUCCCUAAGUUCAGGUGCUGCUGCUCCGGUCGUUUCUGGCGGCAGUUCUACUGGUCCAGUUUCUUCCGCAGAUCCUCCAUUCGGCAGUGAUCCAGUUCCUGAUGCAGCUGCUCCUUCCGUCGGCAGUAACGAUCCAAUUCCUGAUGCAGCUGCUCCAGUCGGCAGUGACGAUCCAGUUCCUGACGCAGCUGCUCCUUCCGUCGGCAGUGACGAUCCAAUUUCUGAUGCAGCUCCUUCUCCUUCUCAAUAUUAAGUUGAUUAUAUAUUGUGUUGUGCUCUUAAUUAAUAAAUGUGAUAUACACGUUAUCGCAAUAUGUAUAUCUAUCACAAUUAUCUCUGUUGACGAUUUGAUAGAUACAUUUGUUACUUGUAUUAUAAAGAGUCACUUGUUUAUGCA